GUGUAUGCAAAUCACAUGUUGUGUCAAUAUUAUUAUUAUUGUAAAAUCUAUGUAAGUUCUCAAGUGAUAAAAUCUUCUUUAAAAUUGCUUUAACUAUCUUCAUGCGACUAUAUUAUUUAGUACAUUAUGCAAUAUAUGCACUUUUCCGUUCAAUACUUGUCCUUCAUGUCUACCUUGUCAGCUCAUCCUCCCUUGACGAUUUCUUCCCGUACACUUACCUAACAGAGGAUAUGAAAAAAGCUGGUUUUAAUGAUGGAGUUAGAGACUACAACUUUGUUUUCCCAAAGAAAGUCGAUGCCGGUGAUUCGCUACUAUCAAACUUCUACAAUAUUGAAGACCACGAUGAUACCCACACAAGCGAAAAAGAGAGAAGGUGCGAUGUGCUGUAUCCAGUAAAAUAUCUGCUGUCACUUGGAAACAAAGAUCAAUCUGAAGAUUUAGAACUGCAAAUUGAGCUGACACCAAAUGUUGAGUUGGCACCUCGCUCACUGGUGAUUGAGCGCCUGGAUAAGGCCUCACGACUGGAUGUUGGCAAGGCAAAAUUACAGCAAUUGGGCGAUCUCCGUUGCUAUUUUGUUGGUCGCGUUACUGAUCAACCAGGGUCUUCUGUUGCUUUAUCUGCUUGCGGCAGAGGUUUGCUUGGAGUUGUACAGACGAAGGAUGAUAGAUUUUUCAUUCAACCUCUUUCCACUAGGAAAUCACUUGAAGGAAACAAUAUGCACAUUGUCUACAGAAAAAAGAGUAAACAUAGUAGAAAGCUACCUCAUUGUUUGGUAAAAGAGCCGAUUGAAGAUCAGCCUGAGAAUAUAGAAAAAUAUCUAAUUGCAAAGUCCGAGAUAUCAAAACCACCCAAAUCAAUAUCUACUUAUUCGCAUGAUCUUUAUAAUUUUGAGAAAGCGAUUGCAUCCCCAAGAAUCGUACCUGAAUUUGCAAAUUAUGAGACUUUUGAGAAAGACAAACCUUUGCAGAGGCUCGAAAUUGUAAACAGAAUUGGGGAUAAUUUCACAGGAAAUAAUAAUAAUUUUAUUGAAUCAUUUUCCAAUGACUUCUUGCUGGGAAAUUUGGAAUCGAAUAUUGCAAAUGAAAAUGAAUUGGAAUCCGAGAAAUAUAGAAACCUUGAUAAUGUAAACAAGCUUCAUUCUAACACUUCGAUUAUAAGAAAAAGGAGAGAUGCUAGUGAGAUCUCAGCAGUACGAAAUCAACAGAAUAUUACUCCACUGGACGUUUUUGGUGAGAGUAUAACGACCAACUCCUCUCAGGCUGAUAGUAAAAUUAUAAACCUUGAAUCACAAGAAGAUAUCUCGACAUUAGGAGAUUCACAAAAUGGCACCUUGAGAUUAGGCAGAAGUUGUGAAUUUGUGCAGCACAAAAGAAAAAUUGAACCAGUUUAUGAUGUGAGAGUGCUCAUGGUUGCAUCCAAACAUUUUUGCGACCAGUUUGACACAUUUGAUGUGGAAACCCUGAUUUUGACGCUCAUGAAUAUGGUACACUUGCACUUUCAUGAUGCUUCAAUCGGACAACUUAUUUAUGUCAAAAUUGUCAGAAUAAUUUUCAUUCAGUACAAUAUGGAAGAGUUGGACGAAAGGAAGCACUCAUUGGAAGAUUUGUUCGCCAACUUUUGUAAAUUUCAAGACCGGGUCAAUCCACUGUUAACUAACCACCCCAACCGACACGACAUAGCUAUCUUCCUCACUCAAAGCGCGUCACACAACAAGUGUGGCAAUCCUCCAGUCUACGGAGCCACCUAUUCGAAAAGUGUUUGCCGGGAUGAUAAGAGAUGCAUACUGGUCACUAACCAUGGCCUCCUCACAGCAAAUAUCAUCACACAUGCUCUUGGUCACAGUUUUGGUGCAGUCCACGAUGACGGUUCGGAAGGCAACUGCCAGUCGAAAUCGGAAGAGGGGAGCAGUUACUUGAUGGCCCCCACCAUUACAUACAGUGCCACCACCUGGUCGCUUUGCAGUCGCCGCGCCAUCAGUCGCUUCGUGUUGCAUCACGCUUCCAAGUGUUUGCUCGGCUACACCAAACCUGUCAACUACCAGUGGACUAGAGAACUGUUGCCAGGGCAGAUUUACACAGCCUCACAGCAGUGCACACUCAACUACCGAAUGCCGACUUUGGCCUGCUUCAAUGGUGAUUUUUGCAGAAAGCUCUACUGCAAGAUGAACGAACACGAGUGUGUAAGCAACGGCGAGCCUCCUGCCGAUGGAACCUACUGUGCUAAGAAUAUGUGGUGUAUGCGAGGCGAGUGCCGGUGGAAGGGCGCUUCCACUGAGGCGGCGAUCAACGGCGGCUGGAGCGAUUGGAGCGACUGGUCUCCGUGUUCGCGCCACUGCGGCGUCGGGGUGCAGCGCGCCAAUCGCUACUGCAACAAUCCGCCGCCGGCCAGGGGCGGCAACAUCUGUGCAGGCCGGCGCACGCGCUAUCGGGUUUGCAACCAACACGUGCCGUGCCCGAUCUCAGAGCCGACGUUUCGUGACGAGCAGUGUCAGCUGACGUCAUCGUACCCGCUGGACGAUGGGGGGAGACGCACCGAUUGGCACGAGUGGGCGGGGGGUCCUGACGCGGAGGACGUGGGAUGUGCGCUCGUGUGCGAGUCGUUCACUGGCAUCGUGGCUGUGCGUGACGUCACUGCGGCCAACGGCACGCCCUGCAAACCCGGCACCAACGAUCUCUGUAUCAGGGGCAGCUGUGUGCCGGUGGGCUGCGACUGGGUGCUGGGCUCACGCACGCGCCGUGACGCGUGUGGCAUCUGUCGCGGUGGCGGCACCACCUGCAAAAUCAUACAAGGAUUCUACUCUGAGAAGAACGGCACCGGAUAUGUGCCUUUCUUGAAGGUGCCUCGUGGCUCAGCAAUGAUAUACGUGAGACAAAUAAAACCAUCGGAUUCACUACUGGCAGUAUCCAGCUCGAAUGCUGGUGACUUCUACCUGAACGGACCCAGAAACGAUGAUGACAUCACCACGCCUGCGCUGUCCAAACGAUUCCAACUGGCUGGAGCUCCCGCCAUCUAUAAAGUCAAAAGCGGCAUGGAGCGUCUCUUCAUUGAUGGAACCGUCCAGGAGGACCUGAUCUUCUUCUUGAAAUUUGGAAAUCUGGGAAACCCUGGAGUAAGAUACCAACUGGCAGUGAACAGAGACAAGAAAUCAGAGUUUGAGCCUUUCUAUUCGUGGCGGUUCAUCGAAUGGCAGCCAUGCUCGCAUCCAUGUGGGGGCGGAUACCAGGUGGCCGAGCCGGUCUGCGUCGAGGAUACCAACGGCAUUGUUGACGACUCGUACUGUCCGGACGAGCUGCGACCAACGCCCAUCACUCGACUGUGCAACUCGUUUCCGUGCAAGCCGCGCUGGUGGGUCGGGCCCUGGUCAAAGUGCGUCAAACGCGCCAACAAACGCAUCAAAACGCGCGCCGUUUUCUGCAUCUUCACCCAGGACUCAACCUCGCCAACUUUCCGCAUAAUCAAAGACUUGCAAUGCACCUGCAAACCAAAACCGCAGUGCUCGAAGCUUUGUCACCCUAAAACGGCGUCCCCUGCUCAGAGUCCUUGUCCUGAUGAGGAAGACACUCCUUUGCAUGCAAAAUCUGCAUACUAUCAACAACAAGAAACUUCUAUGGAAGAGAAUCGUGAUCUGUUUCUGAACAACAAAUGGAAUGAAAGAAUUUCCAACUUUCAUUCAAAUAAUUUAAUCAAUGACCAACCACCUAUACCUUUUGAACAAAUACGAUCACAUGAUAAUUUAGAAAAUAUGUCAUUGUACAUUGAAAAUGAUGAUUUUAGCAAUGAACCUAACAAUGACUCUCGAUUAUCCAAUCAAAUUAUUGAAGGCGAUUUCUCAAAAUUGGAUGUCCAAUUGAAUAAUUCCUCACUAGUGCCGAUAUCAGAAGCUGAAUCAUUCGGUAAUAACUUGGAUUUGGGAAGUAAUUUAGAUGCUAUGGAAGGUGAUAUAGAAGUUCAGAAGAGUUUGGGUGAGAUAUCUGGAAAAAUUAAAAGAAGUUUCAAAUCUACGAACAACAAAGCAGAAUCUUCAAAUGACAAUGAAAUAUUUGAUGAGUUUUUUCUUGAUGCUACCGAUAAUAAUAGCGAGUCAAAAGUGUCAAGCUCUGUGAAAGAUUCUUUAGAACAUAUCACAAAAUCUGCUAUCCAUGGUCAUUCCACCGCAUUUGAGGAACAAAAAAUUGAUAAUAGUCAGAAACAUGUGAGGAAUAAACCUGAAAUCACCAAUGCAAGUGGAGUGGUGAAUUCUCAUCUGAAGAGCAAAGAAGUAAAGAAAUUGACACAAACACCCACAGGAACGUUGUACGGCUUACUGUUGACUAAUAAACUAGGAGAACCACCCACUUUGAAAGUUUCAAAGUCUCUAUCAAAUGCUGAUUCGCCCAGAGAAAACAUGACGGCUCUUUCCAAUCGAAUCAAGCUUGUGGAAGACAACAAGAAAAACAGAACUGAGGAGAGAGAAUUGAGCCCAUCCGAGUUGGCCGAGCGUGUAGCUUCAAAAGUGAAGCAGAAGAUGGAGGCCCAAGAGCGUCCUUGCAAGACCCCCUGCACUGAACGGGCAACAUUCGCAACGGGCCCCACUUGCAAAGUUAGAACUACCACUUGUCGACAUCCAGACCUCUGUUUCCCUACAGCAGCACCCGACACACCUAAAAAAAUUUGCCACGAAAUUAUCGAGAACGAUCUCUCGUCUUUUGUACUGAUCCGCGCUCCCAUUGCAUGCGAACGCUCCAUAAAUGCGUUCAAUGACGGCCUGUACGAGGGCGAUGGAUUGCUUAGCCUUUUGCCUGUCGUCAAUGAAACUUGUCCUAUUUUUCUGAAAGGUGACGCUGCUAUCAAAUAUCUGGAGGAUAGCCGUAGAUGCUUCUCUGGACCAAUUCAGCAAAAUCAUCUACUAACCCUAGUAUAAUAGAAAUUAUUUGGCUGUAUGUAAUGAAAAUUAAAUAAUUUUGAAAGUGU